AUGGAUAAAGCACAUGAUGAUACAGUCCCUAAAUUUACACUAAAAUUGUUUGUAUUAAAUGGUAUAAAGGAUAAGAUUUUGAGUUGUGGGUGUAUAUCUAAUCGCCUGUUGUGGCUAGGGUUUUCUGAUGGCUCGUAUUCGUGUUUACAAACCACUGAUAGUGAUUUGGUAUUCACUCAAUUGAAGGGAGGCAGUGUGCGAUCACUACACACAGAUGCCACUGGAUUCCAUUGCAUAAUUGGAAUGUCCAGUGGCCAAAUUUACUAUUCUCACCUUGAAUCGCAAAAGCCUUUUCUAAUAAUCAAUCUAAGCAAUGUAUUUUUAAGGUCCUGUACAUUCAUUAAUUCUCAGCAAGAAUGUAAAGUAUUGAUUGGCACUCAACAAGGAAGUAUCAUUUUUGGCAACCUUUCUAAAGAGAUUUUUGAGAAUGGAACUUUGGAAAAGUUUAAAAAUUGUGUUACUCUACCUGAUUCUGAGCCUGUUCUUGGGGUUAUGGCAUUACCCAUCAUAUACAAUGAAAGCAGGAAAUUAACAAUAAUUGCCACGUGUAGUAGGAGGUUGUAUGAGUUUUACGGGGGUAAUUCUGUGUUGGAUACAUUCAAUUUGUGUUGCAACAAAUCUUCAAAUUUGCAUGAAUAUUUGCGUUAUCAAGUGCCUUUAUCUGCACAUAGAGGUGAACUAUUUCUUGUGGAAUCCAACAAUGUUAGAUUUUUGUUUUGGAUGAAUGGAUCAUGUAUCGUAAUUACCCGAGUGAGGCAACGAUUGUCUCAGGGAUCGAGAAAAUCAUUUCUUGAAUGGCCUCCUACAAUAUUUUCUUAUACUUCUUUGAAUCCAACUAGUGAAAUGUUGUUAUCGCAAUAUAUCUUCUUCCAAGUACCUUUAAAUGUGCCUCGUUUAUUUGUCGCAAGUCAACAUAAUAUCUACCUUAUACUGGAAGAUACUCUUCUAGUAACAUCAAUACUUACAAAUAAGAUUAUCUACUCAUACCAUUUGCCCAGUGAAGUUUAUGGUGAAAUUAAGAGUUUGUUUUGUGAUUCCUUAGAAAAAACCCUUUGGAUUGUGACUUCAAAAUUGGUAUAUAGAAUAAUCGUUGAAGAUGAAGCGAGGAAUUUGUGGAAACUUUACCUAGAAAAUGACGACUAUUUAAAUGCAAUGCUCGCAUGUGAAACAGAUACCCAUAAAUCAAUAGUAACCGAUGCACAUGCACAAUACCUAUUUGACAAGGGGGAUUAUGUAAACGCUGCAAAUACAUUUGCUUCAUCUUUUUGCACAUUUUCAUUUCAGGAAAUAUCACUUAAGUUUAUAGAAGUUGGUGAAAAUGAAGCACUGCUUACAUAUUUCACAACACUACUGGCAAAUUUAAGACAAGAGGCAGCUUGUGCCAUAUAUGGUCCCAAGGCUCUACAGCAACUCAACUAUGUACGUGGCUUAAUUCGUCCAAAGGAAUCCAUUUUAAUAAUUUGCAUUCUACAGCUAUAUAUUGAAGUAUUGGAUAGUCUAGAGCAUCAAGGAGCUUCUGAGAGUGAAAUAACUCCAGUGCUAAAUAAAUUUUACUCUUUACUGAAGUGUUAUCGUGCUAUCGAUGAAAUUCAAACGCCAAUUUACAAGUUUUUACACAAUCUAGGCGCUGAUGAAUAUCUUGUGAAAUAUGCAUUAAUGCGUAAAGAUGCUCUAACUUUUGUAUCUCAAAAUAUCAACUCUGGGAACUAUAUUGAUGCUAUUAAAUUUCUAGUUUCAAACCCUAAUGAUGAAUUGUUGAAGAGGUUUGCUCCAAUUCUAUUUCUUCAUGAACCUGUAGAAUUUGCUGAGAGAUUCAAUGAAAUAGCCAACCCUGACUCUAUAUUUACUCCAUUAAUAAUUGGUCUUUCCCUUAAAGGGAAACACUUAGACAAUGCUAUCAAAUUGGCUCGCAAAUUUACCAUACAAAAAGAUUGCGGAUCAUCUAUAGUAUGGAACCUAUACAUGUUACUCCAAUGUUAUUCUGACAAUGAGAUUGAGUUUGGAGGGUCUCCUGAUGUGGACUUUACAUUGGCAUUACAAUGCAUGAGGAAACUCAAGAAGAUGAAGGCUGUUACUGGUUUACUGGGUUUGAUGGGCCAGCAUAGGGAAGCCUUUGAUGAAGCGAUGGAACAGCAAGAUUUGGAAUUGGCUAUGGAUUGUGCUAGUAAACCAGCAGAUUUGCAACUUAAAAGGCAAUUGUGGUUAAAAUUGUCAGAACAUAUGAGCGAAAGUUUAAAAGGUAAUGACCUCAAUCAGAUACUCAAAAAAUCGCAAGUGUUGUCUCUGGAAGAUGUUUUGACAAGAGUGCCUUCUGACGUCACUCAAGUUUUACCAAUAUUCUCAAGUACAAUAAUUGAAAUCAGUGAUCAAAUAGAUCUACUCAAAGAAGAGGUUGAAAGGAAUUGCGACAAUAUACAGAAUUUGCAGCGUUAUAGAACAAAUACACAAGAAUUUGUCGAUAUUGGACCUAAUAACUUGUGUUUGUGUUGUGGAACAUGUGCUAUACUCGAUAAUUUCUUUAUAUUCAACUGCAAACACAUAUUUCACUUUACAUGCGCUUGUAAAUUAGCCAUACAACUAUUGGAUCGUCUAGCCGCUUCUGAACUGGAAGGGUUAAUGUCCAGACCAAAAACACCAGAUGUUUUGUCAAGGAUUACCAACAUUGUAGCUUCAGAGUGUUUGUUUUGCGGAUCAUUUAUGAUAAAAUCAAUCAACGUACCUCUAAGUGGUUAA